AUGUCACCCGACAUUUUGGAAGGUAUUCUUGAUUGCAAACAACUGCUUUUGAGUAAAGCCCAAGUAUUGGUGAGAGCAGUCAAAGAUAGAUCAACAGUCAUGCGUACUCAAUUCUUAUCUGAACCCAAAGGAAACGGGACAAUUGAAAAUUAUUGGAAUCUUUAUGAUAAGCACACAUACAUGUCCAAGCAGCAAAAACAUCGGGUUGUACUUCAAUUGGUCGGAACCGAUUCAGUGGAUUGGGUUCUGUUCAAUGAGGAGCCUGAUCUGGCUCUUUCACCCAUGGUCAUCAUUCAAGCGAGCUUCAAUGAUCCCAAGGAUCCAGAUUGUGCUCUUUUUCCCUUCUGCCUUGCAGCUAUAAAACUUAUAUUUUCUUUAGUUGAACUAUACCAAAUGGCCGAUAUUCCCAGUAAGCCCUAUUCAUCUUCUACAAAUUGUCCAACUUCAAUCUCAUCACCUUCUCGCGGUUUCCAAUCCCAAGCAGCAAGUAGUAGCACCUCAACAAGUGUUAAUAGCAAUGCUGCAGCACAACGCUUGUUUGGCAGACACCAGUGA